UCAAAUUGAUUAUUUAUGUAACACAGGUUUGAUAGUUUAGCCUAGUUUAAUUUGUUGGUAUAAUUUUUGGUAAACUUUUCCGAUACACAAAUGUGUUAUUGUACCAAAUUAACUAGAUAAUAUCUCAAACGUACUGUAUUACGAGGGCUGCGGUUGUGUCGUUCGCCACUGUAGUACUGUGACCAGAUAUAUGAAAUGAUAUCGUGCUAAAAAUGUCGACUGGUGGAAAUAUUUAAAAAUAGACACAUUCUAUGUCAACAAAUAAAAAGAAGCGUUCUGAAAGAUAUUCCUGAUACGCAAAAAUGGAGGAACAACACGAUCAUCACGUUCACUUCGACGCGGCUGUGAUAAACGACGGUCUCCAUGAUAACUCCAUUAUCUAUAAGGUAGCUGCCAAAGGCAGUUCAAUCAUGAUUCAUCUAGGUUUCCUACAGACGAAGCAUAGAUAUCGAAUUGAAUUGAAGAUGCCCUUGGUCCCAUUAUUGAAUGCGGGUUUGAAAAUUGGCGCAAACUCGGAAUUCGUAGUGGAGGAAUCAAAGUUGCCAAACCAUAACUGCAAGCUGUUGGAGUUUCCCACCAAAGCGGCCGUGGACAGCGAAGGCAAGGAAAACCUAACGGCGGCCGUGGAAUUCUUUGCCCAUAAGGAGAAACUCGUCAAGGAGCACUUGCACGUUUGCGGAAAGGAGGAUCAUAGUGUUAAGCUUGACUUGGUGCUGAUUGCACGUGUGCUGGGACGAGGAAAGGGAACACCUAUGCUGCGGGAUGGCGUCCACCUGAUGGCAGUCGAGGACGACGAGGAAUCAGAACUGUCGGACUGGCAAGGAUUCCCUAAGAAGGAGUAGAAAAUUUGAAGUUUGUUCAGAUAAGCUGUAACUUUAUUUCUUUACCUUAGUUUAAAUGACCGAUAUGCAUUUCAAGGUAAUACUCUACCUCAGUUAAAAUUUCCGUAUCAGUUAGAUCAAAUGCCAACAGGCAAUUAAUACUUGACUUUACAUUCAUCAAUAACAUCGGUUUCUUUAUAUUUUAUCAUCGUUUCGGAUCAAGCGGUUGCUGCAUUAUACUGAUUAAUAUUUUAGGUGUAAAAUACGAAGAGAAUUUACUUAGUGUAAUCUGUGUCGUUUUAGAAAAACCGGAAAUGAAAAACAACAAUUAGCUACUUUAUUCAUAUAGGCUAAGUGACUGGAGGCUAAAUUGGAUGCUAUAAAGAUGGGAACUAGUAACACCUAAUCGUAAGUUUUGAAAUAAUGUAUCUUUUUUAAUCGACCUUCGAAAGAAAAAAAAUAAAGUUAUACAUUACAUCACUA